UCCCCGCUCGAUACUAAAUCCCAUUCCGUUCCUGCCAACGUUGCGGCCGUUUCAUUGCUCGAAUGAACGGGCGAGGGGCCACUUUAUUUAUGACAAUAGAAUAUGUUUAACUUCUCCCAACUGUAAUGUCGUAUACAAACAACCCAGAGAAAGCGUAAAUAGUCCGUUCGUGGUCCUCCAUGUUGCUACUGCGGUGUCACCUUGAGUUCCGCCUGCCCGGAAUGGCUGAACAUCGCUCGCGGCAAACGCAAAGCUGACCGACCCUCAUCGUAAACUUAAUGCAACAGAAUUAUUUGUUCAAUUGAAUUACUGGCCGUCGUCGGAAGUGGGUUGCUUUAAGCAUUAACCUAUGUGUCUGGGUUUUUGAAAUAGCUCCCUUUUUCUCUGUUCACGCCGGGUUUUUAAAUGGGAGUAGUACUGCGGAACCUCCAAAAGGUGGUGCCUCUCCGCCGCGCCAGACUGCGCAAGGAUGUUGAUACACUGAGGCACAUACUGGGCAUCCAUAAAUUUGACCUGGGCAUCGUUUGCGUGGAUAACCACAGGAUUCAGCAAAUUAAUAAAAUAUACAGAAAGAAAAAUGUGCCCACGGAUGUCCUCUCAUUUCCAUUUUACGAGGACCUGAGGCCUGGUAAGCUGCCUUGCCCCCUCCAUAGAGAUGAGCUGAACCUUGGGGACAUUUUCCUGGGGGUCGAGUUUGUGAUGAAGCAGUGUAAAGAGGAAUCCCUAGAUCUGCAUGGAACCCUCGCUGUUGUCACAGCUCAUGGUAUCUGUCACCUGCUGGGCUACAGACAUGAGACAGAGGAAGAAUGGACUGAGAUGCUGCAGAAGGAAAGCUACAUUCUAAGUGAGUACAACAGACUCACAGGGAGACAUCUGGAGCCACUGAUGAAGAAAUGCAGUCAGGAUAGGUGACAGUGACAAAUACCUGCUAACUUUAUAUUUUCACUCCGGUGCUUGAUUUUGUUGUUUACUAUCCUGACUGUGUUCUACACAAUCACAACCUGCAGCUACUGCUUUUAAUCACCUGGCAG